AUGAUUGAGCCAACAUCACUUUCCUCUUCGAGGUCGGACAGCCCCCAAAGGUCCAAUGCAAGCAGUCCUGUGCAAUCUCCCAUCGCCGUCGACACGCCCGCAACAGAGGCUGGAGACCCAUUCGACAAUAUCCAUGACUUGUUGCGCAGAAUCCCUUUGCAAAGCCACAUUCUUGUCACUGGUGGUCUCGGUUUCAUUGGUAGUCACACCACGCUUGAGCUGCUCAAGGCAAACUAUAACGUUAUUGUGAUCGACAAUCUUAGCAACGCAUUCGAGAAUGUUUUCGACCGUAUCAGCCUGUUGGCCAAGAAGCAUCACGAGGAGAAUGGCACGAAAAUGCCAUCUCUCCGAUUGCACGCACACGAUUAUCGUGACACCAAAUCUCUUCAGCCGCUGCUUGAGGAGUACCAGCUCCCAUCCAGGUGGGGAACUCCCAAGUCGAGAAUCGCCGGAGUCAUCCACUUCGCGGCGUAUAAAGCGGUGGAGGAGAGUAUUCGGAAGCCACUGAAGUAUUACUCCAACAAUGUUAGCGGGCUUGUCGACUUUGCCACAACACUUGGAGACUUCGGCAUCAAAACCUUCAUCUUCUCGUCUUCCGCCACCGUAUACGGAACUCUCGCAACCUCGGGUCUUCCAUUGAAGGAGGAACUCUGUGUUCACAAGGAAGAGUUGUACACAGAUCACGCAGGCUCACAACAAUCCAUCCAACCUGGAUGCACUGGAAUCACCAACCCGUACGGACGCACAAAAUGGAUGUGUGAAACCAUCCUGGCCGACUUGGCCGCAUCAGACCCCGAAUGGACUAUUGUUGCACUCCGCUAUUUCAACCCCGUUGGAUGUGAUUCUUCCGGUCUUUUGGGCGAAGACCCAAGACAGGCGCCAACAAACCUGCUUCCCGUCGUUGUCAAAGUCAUGACCGGCCAGUAUUCGGAACUCGCGAUGUUUGGGACAGAUUGGGAAACCGAAGACGGCACUGCCGUCCGUGACUUCAUCCACGUUAGUGAUCUAGCUCGUGGGCAUAUUGCCGCGCUCAGUUCGGCCAACGAGGGCAAGCUGACAGAAAAUUUCCGCACAUUCAACCUCGGAACUGGAAAGGGUAAUUCCGUGAUGGAUGUGGUCAGCACUAUGGAGUCUGUUAUUGAGAAGCCCAUUCCUCGACGUGCUGCGCCACGUCGCGAAGGUGAUGUUGGAGCCUGCGUUGCGGUCGUCGACCGGUCGACGGAAGAGCUUCAAUGGAAGACAGAAAAGAGCCUGAAGGAUGCAUGCCAGGACAUCUGCAAUUUCUUGGAUGUCAGUGGUCUGUCUUCAUAG